AUGAAAGCCGAUGUCGAGGUGACGAAGAAAACAACACGUCGAGGUGCUGUCAAACGUGUCUCCGUUCCGGAGAAGGAAGCGCCGGAAGGCAAAAGGCGUCGUGGUGAAACGAAAGCCAAUAAACACGUUGCUGGAUUGGAUGAUGGAGAAAUGUUACACGAAGGCAACGGACACGCUGUCGACAUCCAUGCCAAUCACGUGCCAGAUGAGCCGGAGGCGAACGAUGGAUCGCGAGUCACAUCCGUCAUAAAUGGACGAUCUACUCGCGCAAAGGGCGCACUCAAAGUUCAUUUUGACGUGGCCGAAACGGCGUAUUCGCCAGUCAGAUCCACCCGUUCGACGCGGAAGACGGCUUCACCGGCCGAGAAGAAAGUCUCUGUCCAGCUGGAACGCGACCCCGACAUUGAGACUGUGGCCGCUACUGCAAAAGAAGAGGAAGAGAAAGCACCGGCCGCCAAACGUUCACGGCAAAAGAAGGGCCCGGCAGUAUCUGCCGCAACAAUGGCGGAUGAACCUCCGGCCGUGCCGGCCACGAAACGGACACGUGGUGGCAAGAAAACAACUAGCGAACCUGAGCUUGUUAAGGAGGAUACCUCAUCGCCACCACCACCACCUCGACGUACUAGAAACAUCUAACAGCAAGACCUAUCAAUGAAUUACCUAUUUUAUUUUUCUUUUGUUUCACGGUAACUCGUGUCCUUAAAAGUCAGCACGACAGGCACAUUGAGAUAAUGGUUAUUGCUACCUUCUUGCUUUUUAAAAAAGGCAUCAAGCCAAACUGCUCAACCAUGCAGUUAGUCUUUUUCCUUUUUUUAAAAUUAGAAUUAAUGAAAUAAAGCAAAGCUUGUCAUUUCAAUCAUUUCAGGAUUGUGGAGACAAACAUUGUGGCUCCAGCGGUUUCCUUAGUUAGGCAAGUCGUUUAAUAAUGCUUGGUGUUACAACUAUUUUUUAAAUUAUUUUUAACUAAAAUUUUUUCAUUCACGACAUUUGCAGGUUCUGAGUAGUGAGAAACGAUUGUUGCUGAUGUAGAGUUUUGUAACGGUGGACCCCACAGUCUAUGACAGAAACAAGUAGGACAGAAAAUUCUAUCUUCAUCACUAACAAAAGAAAAAGGGAGGUUUGCAUUUUAAGGAGCAGUAUAUAUUGGCAGCCAUGUAGCUUUGUAGUUGCUUCGAAGAAUUGUUUUCCUUGUCUGGUGAUUGGUUAAUUGAAAUAGGCACACGAUAACGCACAAUCGAUGCCCUUGUCUCAGUGGAGAAUUUUUUCCGUGAAACAUGGCCGAAAUAGCGUGCAGCUGUUCAAGAAAGAAAAUUGUAUUGUCAGACAGACUUAAUGUUUAGCUUGAAAUCCAGACAUGUGUGAAGUUGCAAAAUUU